UUUACGUAGUCGUCGAAGCUCCGUAGACUGAUGAAGGGAUGGCUUUCUUCAAAACCCUACGGUCGAACUCUCUCUCUCUCUAGAAAUUCAAUCACUUUCUCUCUCUACAAAACCCUAAUUUUCUCUCUCUGAAAAACUCUGAAUAGCACGCACAUGGGUCCCGAUCCGGCAUCGGCUUCGCUCGCUCCUGGGUUUCGGUUCCAUCCAACCGAUGAAGAACUGGUUCGAUACUACCUGAGGCGAAAGGUCUGUGGAAAGCCCUUCAGAUUCGACGCCAUCUCUGAAAUCGACAUCUACAAGUCUGAGCCUUGGGAUCUCCCAGGGAAGUCAAGGCUGAAGAGCAGGGACUUGGAGUGGUACUUUUUUAGUAUGCUAGAUAAGAAGUAUGGGAAUGGGUCAAGGACAAACAGAGCUACUGAAAGAGGGUACUGGAAGACGACGGGGAAGGACCGGCCGGUACUUCACAAUUCGCGGACGGUUGGGAUGAAGAAAACUCUUGUUUAUCACAGCGGUCGGGCUCCACGGGGCGAGAGGAGUAAUUGGGUUAUGCAUGAGUACAGGCUUGUUGAUGAGCAGUUGGAGAACUCUGGAAUUUUUCAGGAUGCAUUUGUGUUAUGCAGAAUAUUUCAGAAGAGUGGUACAGGACCAAAGAACGGGGAGCAGUAUGGGGCGCCAUUUGUGGAGGAGGAAUGGGAGGAUGAUGAGUUGGUCACGGUUCCUAGCGAGCAGGCUGCUGAGGAAGUGGCAGUUAGUGAUGAUGCCUAUCUCGAUGGAAUUGACCUUGAGCAGAUUCUUGAUGCAGAAAUUCCAGCAGAAGAUGUCCCCCUUCCUUUGAGCUUCUAUUAUGGGGAUGAUGGCAAUCAGGUCCAGGAGCCGGUGGACUUUGUUGAUGAUGCUCAAAAACUUUUGGUGGCUACGGAUGAAAGUUACUGUGUUUCGGGGCAGCCUGAUGACCAAAUGUUAUUUGAUUUGCCAGCGCAAACCAAUAUGGACACGAAACCAGUAAGGCAUGAAUAUAUUGGUGAACCAAGCAAUGCUGUAAAUUCUGUGGAUGUAGAUUACUUACUCGAUGAACCAUUCAUGGAUGCUAUCAGUAACACUCCAUUUGAUGAAGGCUUAUUCCUGGAAACUAAUGACCUGUCAAACCCCAUUGAGGCAGAUCCUUCUAGUUUUGGCAUGCUAGAAGACUACCGUACAUACUUUGAUGCAGAUGGCGGCAACUCACAGUUUAUGGCCUUUGAUUCUUCGAAGAUGACAGGAAGUGUGGACCUUGUUUCUGGCCACGCAUCCCUUGCGCAAAAGCACGAGGGAAGCCAACAGCUCUUAAAAGGACAUGAUGAUGAUGUUGUGUCAACUUCAAAGCAAGAGCCUGGGAAAUUUGGAUCGGAUACUCAGUAUCCAUUUGUCAAGCACGCGAGUCGCAUGUUGGGCAACAUCCCUGCUCCUCCUGCAUUUGCUUCAGAGUUCCCUUCAAAAGAUGCAGUGGUUCGGUUGAAUUCUACAUCACAUUCUUCAAGUUCAGUCCAUUUUACCACUGGUAUGAUCCAAAUAAGAAAUAUGACCUUGAAUGGCAAUGGGACAUACCCGCUGCUUGGUAAGCAUACGGAUGUCAAUAUCAUCCUUUCUUUUGGCAUUUCAUACAAUGAUUCAACUUCUGCCAGUUUGGAUCCAAUGUCGGGCAUGCUUUUGGGCAAGGCGGGUUCUUCAAUGACACGGGGCUGGUUCUAUCUGAUAUUUUUUUGGGUCCUCCUCCUGUCAAUGAGUUACAAAAUCGGGACUUGCUUAUACACAGGCAAUGCUUCAUGAUACCCAAAACAGUACGUGGGUUAAGCAUGAGGUACUUGAUGGAUAGACUUUAUACUCUGAUAGAAGAUUGUUUGUUAUUUAAUUAUUAUUGUCCUCAAAUUUGGGAUAUAAUUGUUCAGUGACUGUAAGCUUUGUUAUUCCACGUGUAAACGUAUGACUAACUGCAUUUGGUCAGUAGUUGCUGGCUGUUUGUGAAAUUUCUGGGCUAGCUGAAUUGGCCAGAGUAAGCAGUUGGUUUAAAGCUCGA